AUGGAUGAAAAGAAAACCGCAAGAAUUCCAGAGUUUCUGGAAUCUCCUGACUACGUCAACGGAACACUUCGUAGUUACCAGAUUCAAGGUCUCAAUUGGUUAAUUGGUUUGUAUGAGAACAACAUCAGUGGUAUCCUCGCAGACGAGAUGGGUUUGGGGAAAACACUUCAAACUAUCUCUCUCUUGGGUUACUUGCGCCACUGCCGUGGUGUGAGAGGCCCUCACAUCAUUAUUACACCAAAGCUGACGUUAGACAAUUGGCACCGAGAGUUCAGCCGUUGGACACCUGAGGUCAAUGUCGUUGUGUUGCAAGGAAAUAAGGAUGAGAGAAACGAUAUCAUCAACAACAGAAUUAUGCGUUGUGCGUUUGACGUAGUUAUUACCUCCUAUGAGAUUGUGAUCAGAGAGAAGGCUACAUUCAAGAAAUUCGACUGGCAAUACAUCGUAAUCGAUGAAGCUCACCGUAUCAAGAAUGAGCAGUCCAUGCUUUCGCAAAUCAUUCGUUUGUUUCACUCGAAGCAUCGUUUGUUGAUCACUGGUACUCCUUUGCAGAACAACUUGCACGAGUUGUGGGCAUUGUUGAACUUCAUUUUGCCAGAUGUCUUCGGUGACAGUGAUGCAUUUGAUGCAUGGUUUACCAGAGGUGAAGAGAGCGCGGCAUUACCAGACGGUGAGAGUGAGGUAAAGACAGAAGACUCAGAAUCAGCCCUCGCCGAAAAGAAGGAUGAAACUCAAAACUCAGUGAUCUCUCAGCUUCAUAAGGUCCUUAAGCCUUUCCUUCUUCGUCGUAUUAAGUCCGAAGUUGAGAAAUCGCUCCUUCCCAAGCAGGAGAUGAACGUCUAUAUUGGAAUGUCUGAUAUGCAACGGAAAUGGUAUCAAAAGCUUUUAGAGAAAGACUUAGAUGCCGUUAAUGGUGCUAACGGUAAAAAGGAAUCCAAGACACGUCUUUUGAACAUCGUGAUGCAGCUCAGAAAGUGCUGUAACCACCCAUACUUGUUCGAGGGUGCUGAGCCUGGUCCACCCUACACCACUGACGAGCACAUCGUUGACAAUUCGCAAAAAAUGAUUAUUCUCGACAAAUUGUUGAAAAAAUUGCGCAGUGAGGGUUCCCGUGUGCUUAUUUUCUCCCAAAUGAGUAGAAUGUUGGACAUCUUGGAGGAUUAUUGUCUGUUCAGAGGCUAUGAGUACUGCAGAAUCGACGGUCAAACUGAUCAUGCUGAUCGUGUUCGCCUGAUUGAUGAGUACAAUGCACCAGACCUGUCCAAAUUUGUAUUCCUUCUUACAACUCGUGCCGGUGGUCUUGGUAUCAAUCUUACCACUGCCGACACUGUAGUCUUGUUUGACUCGGACUGGAAUCCACAAGCUGACAUGCAAGCCAUGGAUAGAGCUCACAGAAUUGGUCAAACAAAGCAAGUCAAGGUCUUCAGACUUAUUACAUCAAAUGCUGUUGAGGAAAAGAUCUUGGAGAGAGCUACCCAGAAAUUGAGGUUGGAUCAGUUGGUCAUUCAAGACGCUGGAAAACGUCAACCCUCAACUGCAGCCAAUGCUGCAACAUCUAAAGACCAAUUGUUGGAUAUGAUUCAAUUCGGUGCUGCUGAUAUUUUCAAUUCGAAGGACUCCAAUUCAGCUGCUCAAAAUGAUUUGGACAUUGAAGCUAUCUUGAAGAAUUCUCAAUCGAAGACUCAAGAAUUAACCCAGAAGUAUGCCAAGCUUGAUUUAUCUGCGUUGCAAAACUUCUCCAAUGACGGCUCUGUGUAUGAGUGGAAUGGUGAGAACUUCAAGAAGAAGGAGCCAAACUCUUUGAAGAAUGUUGGCCAUGCAUGGAUCAAUCCAACUAAGAGAGAGAGAAAGGAAAAUUAUAGUGUUGAUCUGUACUAUAAGGAUGUCAUGAGUUCUGGAAAAGGCGCUUCUAACAACGACGACCCAGCCUACGUUGAACCAUACAACAACUCUGGAACCCACACGCCUUCAUCAGGUCACGUUCAUGUUCGUGGUGGUCCUCGUCCUCCUAAGCAAUUAAACAUCUAUGAUCAUCAAUUCCACCCACCAAAACUCUUGGAGUUGCAUGAAAUGGAAAAAAAUUACUACAAGAAAAGAAUCGGAUACGAGCCUCCAUUAGAGAGUGGUCCAGCUGCUACGUUGCCUGAAAGAGAAGAAGCUCAGAGAUUGAUAGAGGAAGAAAUCUUCAACUCAAGAGCUCUUACUGAUGAGGAACGAGAACUCAAGCAAGAACUUCUCACACAGGGCUUCAACACUUGGAACCGUCGUGAUUUCAUUCAUUUUGUGGCCCUUAGUGGAAAGUACGGACGUAACGCUAUUUCACUUAUUUCCUCCGAGUUCGAGGAAAAAACACCCGACGAAGUUCGUGAAUAUGCCAAGGUGUUCUGGCAAAGAUAUAAAGAAAUCGAUGGUUACGAAAGAUACAUUUCGCAGAUUGACGCUGGUGAAGACAAGAUUGAGAAGCUUAAAAUUUCGAAAGAGUGUCUUCGCAGAAAGCUUCUGUCUUAUAGAUAUCCAUUGCAAGAGUUGGUUUUGAAGUACCCACCAGCCACUACUACCAAGAGAACAUUUACAGAUGAGGAGGACCGCUUCAUGUUGAUUCAAAUGUAUAAAUUUGGCUUAGAUAGACCAGACUUAUAUGAGAGAAUUCGUGAUGCAAUCAAGCAGAGUGCUAUUCUUCGAUUCGAUUUCUUCAUGCACCUGAGAACAACCGCAGAGCUUUCGCGUCGUUGCAGCUCUCUCAUUGCCUGUGUGCUCAAGGAAAUAAAUCCUGAAGUUGCUGCAGCUAACAAAUCUACGAAGCUGGAGAAGAACAAGCGGAAACUGGAGGCUGAGCCCAAGAAGAGAAAAAAGAGCAAGUUGAAGUAG